UUUCACAAGUUACACCGAUUUACUCAAGCCAAACGCAAAAUUUACUGUAUUUCUGAUCCAGUGGGUUACAUGAAAAUUUAAAAAUAACUAAAGGAAAAAUGUCACAUUGUGACAUCCCUUCUGCGCCACACUGUAUUAAAAUUAAUCACCACCACCACAACUGUGUGGCCUCUGUGUCAAUUUCAUGCAAACUUGUCACAUCCUUUUUGAACCACCCUGUACAGCCGAAUACAUAAAUCACCGUGCAAAAUUACACAAUCUGAAGAAGAUGAAUGUAUGAGUGAUCCUGGGUGAAGCUUUAUCGUUUCUUUCUUCGUCCCAACUCUUGAGACGUAAAUUGUUGAGUUGGCUCUUCAGUCGUAGAGGUGGAAUCUUGGUGGACGCAAGGACAGACAAACUUGUGAGAAAAUAAUAUGCAGAAAAAUAAUAUUAUUGCAGUCACUGCGAUCCUCCUUGUUAUUCUCGUUACUACAAUUUCCAUCUGCCUGAUUUCAUACCAGGAACACACUUCUGAGGACGAAGAGGAACUUAUCCCCAUAACGACAACAUCGACAGCGUCGCCCCCCAUAACGCCGGUGCCGGAGGACUACAGCCGUGUCAAUGAGGUGAUGUUCCAGCGAAGGGGAGCCCCUCUCAAGGAGGGUCAGCCUCGUGAAGGGUUUUACUACAGAACCUGGACCGAGUAUGAAAAUGGAUUUGGGGAUCAAGAUGCAGAUUUUUGGCUGGGGUUGAAAAGAAUUCAUGCCUUAACCAAGCAAGGGUUUACUCGGUUGAGCGUGAACUUGGAGGAUUGGGAGGGAAACCAAGCCACCGCAAACUAUUCGGUUUUCAAAGUUGCGGGUCCCGCCACUAAUUAUAAAUUGUAUCAACUCGGGAGCUAUAGUGGAACUGCGGGUCCAGUGGACUCAAUGGCUAGGAGCAGAAGAUCACCAUUCACCACGUUCGAUAGGGACACAGUUAGAGACCGAGGGUGCAGUUGGCACACGGCCGGACCUGGAUGGCACGACGGCUGUCCUCACGCCUCCCCAAACGGCCUCUACCAGAACAGCAGCCAGGUCGAUAAGGAUGGGAGAGGAUUGAUUUGGUUUUACUGGAAAGAUUCAUGGUACUACUCACUUAAAAAGAUUGAAAUGGUGCUACAUCGAUCUCCCGAUCAUGUUUGGAAAAGCUCACAGGAAAUUGACCGAGACGCCAAAAAGUGGUAUUGAUUGAUAUAUUUAAUAAAUAUGUAUUAUGCAUUUACAUAUGUACGUUUAAUUAAAGGUUAUUGAUAUUACUCAAUCCUUUUACGUAUCUGUACAAUAAAGUGUUGCACAUAAAGAGGUGGACUUUA